AUGCCGCCCUCUGGCACCGUCGAUGAGGUUCUCCAGGGGUGGUCUUUGCGGUCUCUUUGGCAUCCAUCAAUUCCUCAACGCUGGAUGAAGAUGCUUAUUCUACUGGGACUGCUUUGCCUCUUCUCCGUUGCUUUCAGCCGGCGCUUGACCAUGCGCGAAGGGGCGAGCUUCGAGAAUGAGGACGCUGUCGUCCACUUUCCUCCCCCACGCCAAACCGGACAGCACACCCAUGAUCCGAGUAUCCUCCGGGUUGGCGAUAGCUACUACCUGUACCAUGUUGGCGAACACAUCUUCAUUCACACUGCCCCCAGCAUGGCCGGUCCCUGGAGACAUGUCGGAAGCGUGCUAGAUGCCAAUAGCGUGAUCCCGAAGGGUGAUCGGGCUGUUCCGUGGGCUCCAACUGUCGUUGCUGUCGACGGUACAUAUUACUGCUACUACAGUGUGAGUAAGGCCGGGUGCCGGGACAGUGCGGUGGGUGUGGCAACCUCUAACUCGCCGGGCGCUGGCCAUUGGCAUGACCAUGGCGUGGUCGUCCAGACAGGAACUGGCAACGGGUCUGAUGUGUCGCCUUACACGGUAUCCAACGCCAUUGACCCUGCUACACUGGUCUUACCAGAUGGAACGGCCUACUUGACAUUUGGAAGCUAUUGGACCGGUGUCUAUCAAGUGCCUCUUGGAAAAGACCUCAUUUCUCCCGUCAGCAUGACCCAUCCGGAUGCUCGACACCUGGCCUACGAGCCCCAUGCCAUGAACGGUCCGAACCACAAUGCCAACUCGAUCUGCGGUGACCCAACCGGAGCUCAUGCCAUUGAAGGCGCCUUUACCUCAUACCACAACGGAUUCUACUAUCUGUGGUUCAGCCAUGGACGAUGCUGCGACUUGGACCGAGGCAAACUGCCCGCUGCUGGUCAGGAGUACAGCAUUCGCGUUGGACGAUCCCACGAUGCUCGUGGUCCGUAUAUCGAUAAGGCCGGAAAGAAUCUUGUGGAUGGCGGCGGUACCGUGAUCUAUGGCUCGAACGGCGAGACCUAUGCGCCUGGUGGGCAGGGCGUGAUUCGGGUUGGCGAGACCGACGUUCUCUACUACCACUACCAGAACAAAUCUGUGGGUGUGGCAUUUGCAGAUGCCUUCCUUGGGUUCAAUCCUUUGAAGUACGUCAACGGAUGGCCCAUCGCGCAGGCUUGA